CUUACAUAAUGACAUUGAAACUUCAUUGCUAUCUCACACAUUGGUGAGAAGUGUUUGAGGUUAUAAUCAGGCAGAUAAUUUAAAUGCCAUAUAAGUCCUUUACAUCAAAAGUUUUUAGUUAAUAGUUAUUUGCACUAAAAAAAAUCCAAGAAGUCAAUAUUUAUUUUUGAGGUUUCAGUCAAAUCAUGGAAACUUUCAAUAAAACAUUCCGGCUGUUCUUAAGGAAUUUUCUUACGAAGAAAUUAGACAAUGUUUCGAGGCAAAUGUCGAGCUCCACAGAGCUCAUAGCUAAAGAAAAGAGAUAUAAUGCCAACAAUUAUGCUCCACUACCAGUUGUAAUAUCUAGAGGUCAAGGAGCAUAUAUGUGGGAUGUAGAUGGAAAAAAGUAUAUAGACUUCUUAGCUGCAUUCGCUACCUUAAACUUGGGCCAUGCGCAUCCAAAAGUAUUGAAUGUUUUAAUAGAACAAGCAAAAGUAUUGUCACAUACUUCAAGAGCAGUCCAUAAUGAUGUUCUUCCACAGUUUGCAGAAUAUGUCACAAAAUAUUUUAAUUAUGAUAGAGUUCUUGCCAUGAAUACAGGAGUUGAAGGAGCAGAGACUUCGCUUAAAAUUGCACGGAGAUGGGGUUAUAGGAAGAAAAAUAUUCCAGAGAAUCAAGCUGUUGUGGUAUUUGUGGAAAAGAACUUCUGGGGUCGUACUUUAUCUGCCAUUUCAACUUCUAAUAACCCUGUAGCCCAUGACCAUUAUGGACCGUACAUGCCCGGCUUUCAAAUUAUACCAUACAACGAUGUGGACAGUUUGGAGGCAGCUUUAAAAAACCCCAAUGUAUGUGCUUUCAUGGUAGAGCCCAUCCAAGGGGAAGCAGGUGUUAUUGUUCCUAAUGAUGGCUAUUUAAAAGAAGUUAGGAGGUUAUGUACCAAAUAUAAUGUGCUGUGGAUAGCUGAUGAGAUUCAGACAGGCCUCGGCAGAACAGGAUCUCUUCUUGCAGUCGAUUACGAAAAUGUUAAACCAGAUAUUUUAAUAAUUGGAAAAGGGCUUGGAGGAGGAUUCAUCCCAAUUUCAGGUGUCUUGUCGAGUGAUGAAAUCAUGAGUGUAUUGACACCUGGCAGUCAUGGAUCCACAUUUGGUGGAAAUCCUCUUGCUGCAAAAUUAGCAAUCGCAACGUUGGAAGUAAUAAAAGAAGAAGGUGUAGUGGAAAAUUCUCGAGUUUUAGGAGAAAAGUUCAGAAAAGAAUUGCGAAAUCAGUUAGCGGAAGAUGUCAUUCCCAUCGUAAGGGGGAAAGGUCUCAUGAAUGCAAUAACUGUCAACCCUAGAUAUGGUUCUGCAUUGGAUCUCUGUUUAAUAAUGAUGGAUUUAGGUUUAAUAACGAAACCUUGUGAUGAUAGCACGGUAAGGUUGACACCGCCAUUGAUUAUGACAGAAACAGAUAUAAAUAAAGGCAUUGAAAUAACAGUAAAAGCUGUUGAUCGUUUAAAACAGAAUGCAAAAUAGUACUUAUUUUGAAGAAAUACAUGUAAUGAAAUAUUUUAUUUUUAAUUGCGUUUCUUUCAAAUAAAAAUUGUU